AUGAAGUCCGACAUCAUUGGCGUGGACAAGCAAGACGACCGCGCGGCAGCGCGGCUCUUCUCCUCUGCCGUGAUCGACUACACUUCUCGCAUCCUCCCGGACGAGCUUGGUCUUGUCAUCUACCUCUUCGUCAUCGGGGAGAUCGUCGACGCACAACAGAACCGGACACUCACACACUCAGAGCGCACCAAAAUGCUCUGGCGCGGGCGGUUCUUCCUGGAUGGAUGGCGGCAGCACAUCAUUGAUCAUCCUUUCUAUGCUCUUCAUACGCACUUCAUCACUCGUGAGCUCUACGACAUCCUAUCUAUCUUCAUCAACGCCAUGCUUCUCCUGAUAGUCACUCACCGAGACUAUUUCCCCGAUGCCCCGCUCCUCCACUGGCUGAACUCAACCGAGACAUGCGAACACUUCUUCGGGUGUGCGCGGAAAAUCCAGAAGGAUUUCACAUUCGUCGAGUGGCUUCUAAUGAUCCCGAAGAUAUCAGCACUCAUGGCCGGUGAGCUUCGGAGCAAGCUGAAGGGCGCACAGGAGAAAGCUGCGGUGGCUCGCUUUGGCUACCAUCACUCCUACUUCGACUCUCGCGGCGUGGACCUCGCAAACCUGGCAACAUUCCCGUCAGACACCGAGAUUGAACAGCUGAUCAAUGUUGCACAUACCGAGGCCCAAUCGUUGCUAGCGAUUGUCGGGAUCAACCUGUCCGCGCUU